AUGAGAGUUUUACAAAAGAUAACUCCAAUUUUAUUUCUAGGACUAGUCGGUCGCAAAACAUUUUUAACGGUCGCCACAGACACAGCAACUGCUUGUUCAUCUCUUCCGAAAUCGCAUUGGUUACAACAUUCAUUUAAAAUGUCAAGUGCAGCAACAACAUCAACGUAUACGCCUGGUGAUAGUUCCAUUUGCUAUGUAACAACACCGAACGAAGAAUCUGCCAAAAAAUUGGCCAGAGAUCUUGUUACAUUAAAAUUGGCCGCUUGCGUAAAUAUUUUGCCAAACAUUCAGUCGAUCUAUCAAUGGGAAGGAAAAAUCAACGAAGAUUUAGAAUUGUUGCUCAUGAUUAAAACCAACACCGAACUCGUCGAAGAAUUAUCGACGUAUGUGCGUGAAAAUCAUCCAUACAGCGUUGCUGAAGUGAUUUCGGUGAAAAUCGAAAACGGAAAUCCACCCUAUUUAGAUUGGAUUACAAAAACAGUUAAAAAACCAAAUGAAAAAAAUAAAUCAUAA